GUGGUGUUUAUGGUUGAGUCAGUGUGGAAGAGGCCAAGCAAAGGAUGUAUGCUUGUAGCACAACAACUUACCAAGGUUUUCAGGCAACCAUGACUGAACAAGAAUCAGAAAAAUUCAAGGAUCUACCUGGAGUGGUCUUCAUAUUGCCAGAUUCCUACAUUGAUCCCGUGAACAAAGAGUAUGGAGGAGACAAAUACGAGAAUGGAGUGAUCACACACAGGCCACCACCAGUUCAGAAUACCAGAAUGAGACCCCGUCCUAGGUUUGACCGUUCACCGGGAGGAGGAGGAGGAGGAGGUCCUCAAAACUACCAAAGAAACCCACAGUAUGGUCAGCAACCGCCAAUGCAAGGUGGUGGAGGGAGCUAUGGUUCUCAACAGAGCUAUGGCCCUCCAGGACAAGGUCAGGGAACUCAAGCGCCUCCACCUCCAUAUCAGGCAGGGUACAACCAAGGCCCGAGAUCUCCACCACCUCCGUAUCAGGCAGGUUAUAAUCAAAGCCAGGGAUCUCCAGUGCCUCCAUACCAAGGGCCACAAGGCAGUUAUGGUCAAGGCGGAUCUGGGAACUAUAACCAAGGGCCACAAGGAGGUUACAACCAAGGAGGACCUAGGAAUUACAGUCCACAGGGAACUGGAAACUAUGGUCCUGCACCGGGGGCUGGAAAUACCAGUUAUGGUCAGCCUGGUCAUGGUCAGGGAUAUUCUGGAGCUGGAAAUACCAGUUAUGGUCAGCCUGGUCAGGGAUAUUCUGGACCUGGACAAGAGCAGAAUCAGAGGAAUCCAGACUGGAACAACAAUAAUCCAGCAGGCCAGCCCGGCCCUGAUCAGUUUCCACAGGGAAGAAGAUACUAGACAGAGAUCUGAUGCAUGAUGCAGUGAAUUGAGCUGAAAGAAGGAGAGGAGUGUCCAAGGCCUUUUAUUAAGUUUUAUAGUAAAUAUUUUUUAGUCAUCUUUCUUCUUUGUAAGACAAUAGUUUGCCCCUUUUUCUCCAAAGUUGAGCUUGAUGAAAACGUUGUUGGUUGCAUCUGUCGUUUAGAAACACUCUUGCAAAACGUUCUUUCUGAAUCUAAUCUACUUGAUUUUAUAA